UAAUAAAAUUAUAAAAGGGCUUUAUAUGCAAUUAAUAUGCUCUCUUUUCUUCCUCCUUCCAAGGUCAGUACGCGCCACUGCAAAACCUUAGCUCAAAAACCCUACCUACUUCAAACUCCUGAUAACACACCCACCACCUUCAUCGUGCUUCCAAACAAUGGUCAACAAGUCUAAAGCUCAGAAGAAGCAAAAGCGUGGUGUUGAUUUCAAAAAAAUAAAAAGGAAAAUUGGAAGAAAAUUGCCUCCGGCCCAGAAUGCUACUAACACUGAAAUCAAAUCCAAAGCAAUUAUUCUACCUGAGCAAAGUGUAGCUUCAGAGAAGGCUGGUUUAGCUGUGAGCAAGAAAGGUUUAACGUUGAAAGAGCUUCUUCAGCAGACAGGUCAUCACAAUGCUAAAGUUCGUAAAGAUGCUUUAAUUGGAAUUAGAGAUGUUCUUCUUAAAUUCCCUGCUGAAUUGAAACUGCAUAAGCUUGCUGUUAUUGAGAAACUACGUGAACGUAUCAGUGACGAUGAUAAAUUGGUCCGUGAAACACUCUAUCAGCUUCUCAAGUCAGUUAUUUUUCCUGGCUGUAAAGAGGAUAAUAAGGGACCAAUUAAUUCCUUGAUGAUGACAUAUAUACUUAAUGCAAUGACAAACAUGGCUAUUGAAGUGCGGUUGAUGGCUUUCAAAUUUUUUGACCUCUUGAUCCAGUAUUUUCCAUCAUCCUUUUUAUUGUACGCUGAAAAGAUUCUCCAGAACUAUGAGGACAUUCUGCAGAAGAACAAAUUUUACUUGCAAGACAAGGGCAGGCUAAAGAAUGCUCUUGCUGGGUUGGUUCGCUGCUUGUCACUGUUACCGUGCAGUAAUCAGAAAGAAGGCGACUCCUUAAGUGACAAUAUUCAGAAAAAACCCUCUGCCUAUGGAGUAAGUUUUCCUGUUCCAAAUAUCAUGCAAAAGUGGACCCUUGUAGUUACCUUCCUUUGGCGUGCAUGUUACAUUUUUCCUCGGUAUUUCCUUCUUUAUUUUUCGUCGGUAUUUCCUUCUUUUUUAGGGGUGGGAUGGCUAGAUUGUUCUGUCAACUUGUUGUUGAUAUACUGCAAUUUGCCCUUAAUUACUGCUAAACUUGUUCUGUACUGUGCUUCCAGUUACUUUCCUUGUAAGCUUCUUCCAUUCGGCGCUUACUCUUUCAUUUAUUUUUGCAGCAUAAAUAAAUCUGCAGAUUUCCCUGGCAGUAACAUCAGGAAAGGAUUCCAGAAUAGAUCUGGUUCUUCUCCCUUUUACGAGUCUGCAGCAAAUGCACCAUGGUGUAGUGAUCCAAACUUUCUUGAACUUCUUUAUCUUCACUGCUUUCCACCUCAUUACUGCUUCCUUCAUAUUGCCUGGCUUGAUUAUCAUGUAGGGCUAUGCAGCCAAAACAACAUAUUUUUAUUGGUUAUCUACAAGACAGUUUUAUUGGUUAGUAACCUUUGCAAACAGAUAAGCAAGGCUUUUCUGCUUUCAGUUUCUUGCUGGCUCCUUGUUCUGAAGAGAUUGUAUCCACUUGAUGGACAACUUUCUAAUGUUAGAAAGAAAUCAUUAUGGCUUAGGGCCUUGUCGCCAGCACAUUCUUUUAUUGUCUCUGCUACUUCUUUCUCCGCAAGGGCUUUGCAUCCAAUUGCUCUGCUAUGCUAUGAUUUGUUGGAUGCUAUGAUCCCAAGAAGAGAUGCUGGUUUAUUAGCAAAUAUGAAAUCAGGUCUCCCAUCGAACAGGAGAUUACGAGUUACCUUGUUGAAAGCCUUAUUUAUUGCUAAAAUUUUCAUACAUCUGCAUCCUUGGCAAUCAACAUCAUUGUGUAAUGGAUGCAAUAACUUUUCUUCUUUCUUUUUUUUCCUUUUGCUUUUCGUCCUUUUGUUCAUUGAAAGUAAUUUUUCUCUGAUUGCUCUAUCUUUUUCCUUUUGCACAUUGCAGGACGGUGACCGAUAUUUCACACUGAAUAUUGCAAUUACAGAAAUAUUUUUGCAACUAAGUUACGGGUCCAAAUUAUCUCCUGCAUUGUUGGAAAGAUUUCUGGAGUUCAUCGAGAGUUCUCUAUCUGAAAAGAUGUCAGUUUGCCAGUACAUAACUUUGCCAGUAGUUGUAUUUAAAUCCAUCCCACCCUAUGUCUUAAACUUGGCUGAGAGCAGAGUACAAGAACGGUUUGCAGCUUACCUGCCUGACUGUGGUGAAAAGUGGUCUGCACUCUGUUCUCCUUCGUUGCUGAACUCAGAGCAGGAUUGGCUUUAUCUGGAUCCUAAGGAUCUUGAAAUAUUUAAUCAUCAAAUUGCGUGGAUAAGGGAGCUUCCAAAGCUGUUAGUCCUCUUAGGUGAUAAACACCCAUUACAUGCAAAGGCUGUGUUGCGUCUUCAACUUCGUCUUGGACAAGCUGCUAGUUUGAAUGGUCCACUGGCAAAAGAAUAUGACAAUAUGCAGCACAUAAUACGAGAUUUUUACUGCACCUGCCUCAAUGGAACUGUAAGCUAUGGUCCGUUCAUGAGGCUUCCUAGAGAUAUUCAGGAGCUCUCAAUAUGCUGCCUAUAUUACUUUUCUUUCUUGGACACUGUGCUACUUCAACCUUUAGUCUCAUGUUGCAUAUGUAAGUUUAACUCCUCGACAUCACUGAUUUUUAUCUUUCUAACUAGAUGAAAAUACCAAGGUCUUUUACAGAACUAACUGGCGCUCAAAUUGUGAAUUGUUUGAAGUGUGUGACCAUCUAAUCUAAGUAUAUGUUUAAGCUGUUAGAGAGAGCACAAUAUACAUAAUUAUCUCUUCAACACGCCCCCUCACUUGCGAGCCUGAUUCUUUUUCGUGGGUCAAGCACGUGGAAAAUCUUUUUGAUAAUGGGUGGCGGUGGGACUUGAAUCCAUGAAUUUUGCCUACUCUGGUACCAUGUUAAAAUAGAAAAAAAUAACUUCUCAUUGACUUUGUAUGGUUAGGUAUACCAUUUGAGCCAUGCUGGCACUGGGAUUUUCCCAUUUGGCUAGUG